GAUGUCGGUUAAACUGAUUAUCGAAACGGCCAAAACGACAAAGUGAUAACGCGCGACACCGAUGUUAUUUCUUUUUUUUCAUUUUGUCCACUUUCCGAGAUCUUAUCUUGCGCAACUGUCAACUCGUCAGUCUUCUUCGGAUGUCGGUGGAUGUCGGACACCGAUUAUCGAAACGGCCAAAACGAAAAAGUAAUAACGCGCGACACCGAUGUUGUUUUUUUUCAUUUUGUCUACUUUCCGAGAUCUUGUUUUGCGCAACUGUAAACUCGGCAGUUUUCUUAGAACACCGAACUCGAACGGCCGACACAGUAACGUGCGCGACACCGAUGUUUGUUUAUUUGUGAACUCCUCGUGCGUGUUUUUUGGAAUUUUGUGGAAAAUACAUUCUUUUGGAAAUACGGCUUUCUUUUGGGGAAUGAGUUCUGGUAAAGCAAGCAGCGUCACAUGCAGCAAUUAAUGAGGCAGACUGCAUCACUAUGAAGCACUUGGAGUAUACUAGAAACAAGGUGCUGAUGGCUCCUGAAGGCAAGCUCAAGUUACAAGAUGAGGAAGUGAAUCGUAUUACAGCGUAUCACGAAGCGGGACAUGCGCUGGUAGUAUUUUAUACAAAGGAUGUUACUCCUCUUCAUAAAGUCACCAUUGUGCCACGAGGACCAUCAGUAGGUCAUACUUGCAAUAUGCAUGAAAAGAACGUUUAUCACACUACAAAGUCACAAUUGUUAACUACUAUGGACUCUAUGAUGAGUUGGAGAACUGCAGAAGAGUUAAUAUUUGGGUCGGAAAAAGUAACGACGAAAGCUUCUUCUGAUUUACUACAAGCGACACAGAUAGCCGAGAUUAUGGUUAAGAGUUACGGGAUGUCAAACAAAAUAGGAUUGAGAUCAAUAGUUGAAAAUAAGAAGUUUUUCACGAACAACAACGUGUGUGCGCUGAGCACGAACGAAAUCAUCGACAAUGAAGUAAAGAAGCUCUUGCAGGACUCAUACGAACGUGCAAAGACGAUUAAAAAGACACACAUGAAGGAACAUAAACAGUUAGCAGAAGCGUUAUUGCAAUAUGAGACAUUGGAUGCCGAUGAUGUUGCUGUCAUAGUAAAUGAAACUGGACUUGGCAAACAAGAUUUGUCCACAUUUUCUCCAAAACGAAAAGGAACUGUGAAAUAAAAGCUGUUUAAGAAACAAAUUUUUUUUAGAAAAGAAGAGAUUAGAAGAGAAGCUCAACAGCUUUUAUCUCGUCCAUGUUACUUGUAUACGGAAAAUGAUACAUUAGUUGCAGCAUAUGCAGAAUCAAGCAGCAAUAUAUCAUUAUGGAGUACAGCAAAUGGCACACAAUUGCCUAGUCUUUCUGUAUCGGAUCCUGUUAUGGAUUUAUGCUCAUUUGAAGCAAUAAUUUAUUUUUAGCAACUUUCUUUAAAGAAAUAGAGACCUAUACAAUUAUGGGCACAAAUUGACAUAAAGUACAAAUACACUAAAAUAAUACACUAUCUGCCUCGUUGCUUGCUGUAUGUGUAUAUGUGUGAUAUCUACCUUAAGCGUUGUCGUAUAUUUCUUUUUGA